CACCAUAUGAAAAUGUAUUAUGCUCCUCUCUACUUUUCACUUGUCAUAUUCCUUCUCAAAACCAAGAAAUCUCAACCCUUUAAAUUAAGUAGUGGGACCUAAGUGUUUAUCUCACUAAUAGUGAGCAUGAGUGCUCACAAAUGGGUGUGAUCACCAUAGCAAAAUUGAUUCUGGGUAGGAUAUCUCUUUUGUUGGUGUCAAUUAUUUGGUUUUCAGUGAAAUCUUAUAUGGUUUCAGUGGAUAGAAGAAAUAAGUGAGAUCCCAUAUAAGAUUUUUGUGUGAUCCUUUGUUUCGAGACGAGUCAUCGUGAUAAUUUGGAAAUUUCUAGACUCGUAUAUCGAGAUCUUAGUUGGGCACGAGCCAAUGAUAUGCAGACAGGAAUGGCAAUGGGGCAGGUCCGGGGCGGGUUUUUUGGUACCCAGACCCGCCCCGUGGCAGGUCGGGUCCAGGUCGGGUAAUUGAUCACGGGUCGCGGGUUGGGGCAGGUCGACCCAAUGGGUAUGCAAUUUAUAUGAAAAACAUUAGAAAUAUUCGUUAUUUUUAUUAUAAGACUAAGAAAACAAACAAUAUUAUGACAAUUGUAGUUAAAUUAUUGGAGAAAUUGAAGUUUUUACUAAUUUACAACUUUAUUAUAGCUAAAACAUGAUGCAAUAAAAGGAAAAUUCUAAGUAAUUUGACUAAGAUUACAUGUAAUUUAGACAAGAACGGGUCGAGAAUGGGGCGGGUCAGGGCAGGUCGGGUCGAUGAGACUACCCAUGCCCGCCCCACCCCGCCUACGGGGCGGGUCGGACCCGCCCCAAAACAGGUCAAACAGGUCGGGUAAAACGGGUCAGGUCGAAAUUGCCAUCCUAUAUGCAGAUCGUCCAGUUGGUGAUGAAUGUCAAUGGGAUGGGGAGUCAAUCAUCGAGUCAGGGGGGUGGAACUCACCUAGCGCGGGAGGAGGUCUGUCAUAGACUUGGGUCGAACUAAUUGAUAUGGGGCCUUGCGCUUGCCCGACGCGAGGAGGAGCAAUUUGGCUUACUAGGCCUCGCGAGAGGGAAGCCACGGGCGGGUUGUCACGUGGAAUUGGUCGCACCAAGAGGAGGAUAGAUCAGGUAUCUUUAGGCCCAAGCCAGCCUAAUUAGAGUAUCUAGAAUUCAAUAAGAGUGCAGAUCCUUCUAUAUGGUUCGUGCCUGUGGAUCAAUUUUUCAAAUUUCAGGAGACCCCAAAGGAGUACCAAGUUCCAAUUGCGUCAUAUCACAUGUAGUGAUGGCAAUGGGACGAGGUCGAUUGGGUAACUUAAUAUCCAUACCCGUCCCCGCACAGGUCAGAUCGGGUAAUACCCAUGCAGGUACGGCGGGACAAGUCGAUUCAUUCUUAUAUGUUAUUUGAAAAAGGAACGUCAAUAUUUAACUCUUUUAUGGGAACACAUAGAGAAAACACUUCAUAAAUGAAUGAUAAAUAUAGUAGAAGGAAUAAUUGAGUCCGAUCGCAUAGAGGGAGAUGCUAACCAAUUGUGGCACAUGUUUAGGCCAGGUACUGUGUGCGAGACAAUUCAACUUGCCAUGGUGAAGAACGAGGAACUGGCCAAGCAUUGUGGAGUGCGAAGAAAUCCACCACGUGCUUAAAUAGAGGUGCCGACCAAACCAGCAGUUGUGCCACCUUUAGCCGUACCACCCCCAACCCUACUACAUGAAGGAUGUCAAUAGAGGAAGUAGCAUAACGAAGAACCCAAAGAUAAUACUUCAACUGAGACGAGCGAUUAACCAUUGGUUAUUGUUGUGCCAAUGCAAACGUCUUUCUCAUGAUUGGAUCGUGCGAGAUUGACGAGCAGGGUCAAUUCAUCAAUAAAGAUAACAAACCUUGUGGGCAAGGUUGUGUUUAAGGGGAAUGAUUGUUACAAGGCGAGACAUUGGAUAAUUUGAGAAUUACUACGCUCAUAUAUCCUUUUGUAUUUUUAUUAAUUAGUUCGUAUAUUGUUGUUAAUUUGUGAUAUUCGUAUUAUUAUUAGUUGUUUUUGUAGGAUUUGGUUAUUGUUUCCUUGUGAGAUAAGUUUCAUGUUUUAGGUAGGAAAAGGAAGAGGGGGUAUGUGCUAGGUUACCCAAUUCAUUGGGUCGGACCUCAUGUACUCGCUCUAGAGCUCCAUAAUCGGAGAAAAUUUGCGAUUUUUUUUUACCGAGUACAAUUUUACAUUUUUAUAGUGCGAUUUUUGUAUGACAAGAAAAAAGAAUAAAACCACAUUUUAGGAUAAUGCGAUCGGGGAAGACGAUGGACAAAGUCGCCCAUUGACAAUCAUGGUUCCAGUCCCCUCUUAAGGAUCGGAAGAGGAGCAAAAGUAGCAGACUUACAUCUAUUUUCAAUCCGAGGAAGAAGAACAUGUAGUAUUAAUGAUACAAAAACACACCAUCAAUGAUAUAUGAAGACCAUUCAAUUAGCUUUAACGCCACAUUUUCACAACUCCAAACUAUCAUCGACGUGAUCUAAGAAAACUGGAAUUCAAGAUUUCUUCCAUUUCAAAUCGCCGUGUAUGAAAUCCUUGUGUCGUUAUUUUGGUGGAGGACUAAAGAGUUCGAAGAGGGAAACCGAAGGCGUGAACAGAAACGAAAUCACAAACAUGAUUAUAAAAUAGAUAGAGAAAUGAGAGACUGUAAUGGCGUUUUUGAAGGAAAAUUGAAAAGAACAUAGGAAGGGUCCCAUUUAGUAUCAUUUUGUUUUUGUUUUUCACCGUUUGUAGAUCAACAUGCAAAGGUAGUUUUAAAAGAAAAAUAACAAGAGGUAGAAGAAAAAAAAUUUAGCAGAAGAAUCCUCAGCUACUUCUGAAUUCACUGUUUACUACGGUAACUUAAUAAGUUUAUUGUGACACGUUGCAAGCCAAAAAUAAAAAAGGACAAAAACUAACUAACUAAAGUUUAAUGUAUUUCCACAGCAAUCGAUCCAACGAAUUCCUUUCUCGUGUUGUGCAUCAAAACCAAGAAGUAUAACCUCCAAAAUCCGCUGUUGUAUAUGUAUAUUUCUUCAACUUCUAAAGCACCAAACUUAAAAACACUUGCUUUUCGCUCCCUAUGUGCACAGCCGAGCCGAGAAAACGCCACUUCUCUAUGCAUAAUAAGAAACAAACUGCUGCUUGCUUACAAGUAUCUUCAGGAAGGAAUAAACGAAUGGACGGAGCAGCUCGGUUGCUCGCUAGCUAUCUCAGGCACAAGAGUCGGGCUCAGCAGGGAUCUCCACGACAGAAAACACUGACAGAAGGAUUCCAUCGUUCAUUGUUUCCCAGCAGCUGCUCUGCUCCGCUCCAACCAACUACAAUCAAGGAUGCAAGUAAGGAAAUGAACCCAUCUCCCCUAAUUCCCAAACCUCGAGUCUUCUCGUCAUCGUCUUCUUCUUCAUUUCAUUCAUCUUCUGCUAUGAAGUUUGGGAGCUCACCCUGGCACAGGUAUUCAUCGCAUGAUGAUCCAGAAUCCCAGUCCUUGCGAAGCCUUAGAAUAUCUUCCGUGAAAGUUGAUCCUGCUGCCCCAAUAAAUACACUUGACAUGGCGCAUAUGCUCUUAUCCAGCAUAGCUUCCACCUAUCCAAACCAGCACAAGGGAAAUAAACCAAAUAAAUACGAUAUCAGCAAGGAUGAGAACUGAUGGAUCUAGAUACACACAACUUCACUAAGCAAUCAACACAAGUAACAGAGAUUAGCAGUCCUGCACAAAUUACUCAGCUCAUUUCAACAUGUUGGAUCCUAGCUAGUUCAACAUGUAGGAACUAAUUAUUCUGGAGCUGUAAAUCAUUCAUAUUUUUAGAACUGUCGUUAAACUUCAUGAUUAUUGUGAUAUGCUAGCCACUGCUAAUUUAAGUUACUUAUGUUGAUUUCUUAGUGAAGUUGUGUGUAUCUAGAUCCGGUCCAUUGAAUUUAACAAGUGAUGAGAUACAAGUGCUACAUACAGAUUAACAGUAACGCCCCCAUAAAGCAAGCUAAAAAAAUGUUGCAUGUGAAAAAUGUUGGACCUUAUGAAUGUACACUUAAUACAUGAGAGAGAUCCGUUAAAAAAAAAAAAAAACAUGAAAGAGAGUUUGUCUCCUAGUAUUCUCAUGCAUAGAUGAGAGAGCCUGUCUAGUUAUUUCAAUUGAGAGCUUGAAACAUAAAAUUCUGUUUUUCUGUGCUACUAAGCUAGGGCCUUUUCCACAAACCACUUGGUGCAUCCUCAUAGUACGAAUCAACAGCGAAGGACUCCGUUUAUUUCAACAUAUAAACACAGUAACCACUUACAGAACACCCACUAGCCAACUUCUCAAACCAAACACAUUCAUGGCAGACUCUAACUGUUUUCCAUCUCAAUAAAAUUAUAUAGUUUUCCAUCUCUCAGAACAUAUCCACCUGUUUCUUACCACCUAGACAUCACAUGCAGCCUAAACAGCUCGACAAAGUGAACUUCACAAUAAAUUGCAUGUAGCAUUAGGAAACAGUCCCCCACGGAGCAGAACUAACUCCACAAAGAAACAAAGAGCAAGAACAACUAAAACAAUGAAAGCAUACGAAGGACAGGAAAGGUUCCCACCUGUGGAUCAUCCUCAAGGUGAUGUCUAUAUAACAAAGCAUCCCACUUUUCAGCUGCAUUAGGAGGAGGUCGCUUAACUAAUGGUAUGGUCUUCCCAUCCACAACCACUAGUGACUGCAACAAGUUGGUUUCACUUUCUGCUGCAUCAGUCGAAAGAUAGAUAACUGGUGCAUUUGCUUUUCCAAUCACGUGAGCGAUGCAGCUAGCAGCUUGAGGAACCGGGUAAAAGCAACUCGGCUUUUUAGCAUUGCUGGAAAAUUAUUCAUAACAGUAAGUCAAACUAAGCUGUCCCCAGUCCCAAUACCAAAGACAUAAGCACACUAGCUAAUACAUUCAAAAUUCAUGAAAGGGAUAUUAAAUCUCUGUGCACCAAAGCUACCAACCUAGUAUGCAUGACCUCAGGUACGUGGAAUGAAAAGAUAUCUAGUCCAAACACCAGGAUAAGUUUUCAACUAAGCAAUAAUUUUCUGCCAUGUGUCCGGGAAGAAAAAAGCUUCAUACAC